UCAACUAACAUGGGGACGUGAAACCAUGCAGGGCUUUGCACGGCUCUCGAUGACGGGAGAUGAUGACCAAUAAUUAACAAAUUCAUAUAGAGAAAGAGAAAAGGGGUGCACUUUGUUCCGGGGAUUACGCGCACGGCUACACGGCGCUUUUUUAAAAAUCGUACAGUGCAUCGCUUUAGAUUUGAUCGCCCCGGUCGGAUCCGAGCUACAAUGUGCGCCUGCUGCUCCACGAAGCUCCGUCGGGGAAGUGAAGCUUUCACUGGAUGAUGGACAGGAACUACCCGACCUCCAGCUUCACGGACGCGCUGGCUCCCCCAGCACAGACCGUAGCUUCUUGGGCCUAUGACCGCAGCUCAGCGAGUAUCAAGGCAAGUCCCAGUUAUGGUGCAGCACACCUUGAUGCAGAGCUCCUCCAGCGGCAAAGCUACGCCACCACUCAUCAGCUUCCCACCUACACUACGUCACAUCAUCCUGCGGCUGCAGGUCUUUCAGGAACCCUUGACUCGAGCGGUAAUACCUCUGAGACCUCAAUCAUGAGCUUCCUGUCAGCCAUGGAGUCUAGAAGCCUUCAGGCUGGUCCUGUUAGUGCCUCACUGUUGCCUCCUUUCAGAACCCCAUCAUGGCCCACUGGUACCAAUGCCUCUACCACAGAGCUGUAUUUGACUGGUGCCCUGCCUUCUACUGCCACUUUCCCCUCCCCUGCUGCUCUGUCAUCCUAUCAGCACACUGGUGCCUUCCCUUCCAGGAGUUAUGCUACCAACCCCACCCUGGCCCUCCAGGACCCUGCCUUUAGCCCCUCCACAAAUGGCCUGUUCUCUCACCAUGACCCCCUACUCCAUCUCAAAUCAAGCCAAACCGUACUUCCUACUGCCCUGGCCUUCAAUCACCUCUCUGCCCCCUCGUUAGGCACUACUCUGCCUAUCCAGUCCUCCACAUACCGCUCAGCCCAGGAGUCGGCCCCCCACCUCCUUCAGCCCCAGUUCAGCCUGCUACCUUCUUCUCUGCCUGCUUCCCAUGGUGCCCCCCAGUCCUAUGGGGCUCCGGUUUUCUCAGGCUCCAUUGAGAGAGCACUUCAGCGAGAAUGUAGUGUGAUCAAACACCACCAGAGGCCUUCUAGCAGCCACAUGGCCUCAGAGCAAUUGCCCAGUUCACAGCACUCCUUACAGGGUUAUUUGGGCUCUGGCAGUGAAGCAGAAGUGUCCUACCAACAGGAUCCUUCUCGUCAGACCCCGGUGUCUUGCAGCACCUCGACAGGAGUGGAUUCCUCACAAGGAGUCAGUGGUGCUCCACAACCUAAGACAGACUCAGCAACUCAGGCCUAUUCGUCAACUUCGGUGACUAAGGCUAAAGACUGCUCUUCUAAAUUAGCACCACACCCCUCUGGGGGUGGAGACAGUCAUAGCCACUCACAGAGCCUGACAGGAGGGUCUCCUGAGAGCUAUUCCUCGCCAGGACAGAAGCAAAACUCAGUGAUUGCUAACCAGCAGUCAGUCCAGCUGCCCAGCUUGCUGUCCAACAGUAUUUCUCAAACCUACAUCACUUCCCACACCCAGUCUCAACCCUCCCACUCCACCUCAGACAAACUGCCCUCCCUUUAUAAGACCCUGCCUUCCUUUUCUAGCCAGUCUGGCAUUGUGGCAUCUGUUAGUCAGACCCUUGUUUACUCCUCCAGUCCUGGGCUCAGCCAGGAACAGGAGUCCCAGUAUGGAGCCCAGGUUCAAGGUUUGUGUCAGGGGAACCUCUCUGAGAGCUACCCCACUUCACACUCUCAGGGUGCCCCUAAUGUGACUUACCCAUCUCAGUCAGAGGAGCAGGCUUCAGUGACUCAGUCUCAGAACUACGCCACAGGACAAUCCCAUAACUCUUCUUACCCACCCACAUGUGCUCAGAGCCUAGCCACAUCAAAUUCAACACAGGACUAUACCCUGAUGCAGGCCUCAGUGGGAGGUAAAACACAUAACACAUUGCCACAACAGCAGGCGCAGUCACAGAAAUACCUUUUGUCUGCGCCAUCACCCAGCUACUCUUCUACUGCUCAAGCCUUACAGAAUAAUGUCAGAUCAUCUAACCCUAAUCCUCCCAUCCAGGACCUUGAGGCUCUUCAGCAGGCCUCCAUGGAGGCCCCUGUUCCAGAUGGCAGUAUGGCUGCUCACAACAAUGUGGUCUAUGUUGUUUCAAAAAUGGACGACCGCUAUAAAACACAGAGUGUAAUCCGCAAUUCACGUUCUGAUGACCAGAUUAUGGGACUAGUUCAGACAAACACGGCCCAGUUAAAGGAUGAAAGGAUGGGAUCUCUCAGCCAACAGCACGUCCAGCUAAGCAGUGCCAACAGUCGAGAAACAGCUGACCCAAAAACCACAAACUCCAGUAUUAUAUCUACACACAUACCCCUGAGCUCUGACCAGCUCAAGCAGCACUCACUCCUACUCAGAUCCCCCGAGCCACAUCAACAAAACCACCAGAGCUACAGUCAAGCUCAGAGCCAAACUCCAGCACCCUUGACACAGUUCAUCAGGGUCCCCAGCACCCAGGUUUUGCUGGAGGCCAACCAGAUGAUAUUGCUGCAGCAGCCCCUUGUCCAUCCUGGUCAGAACCCCUCCAAGGUAGUGUCAGCACAAGGUAUGCAAUCAGCCCAAGGUUCAGGCUCUGUUCAAGUCCAGUAUCUUCAGAUGGAUAGAGAACUGCUCAGUCCCAGUGGUAGUGAAACCCAGAGUCAGCAGGGCAAUGUAGUGUCCGAACAAAACUCAGGAGGCUCUGAUUCCUCUAAACACCUCAUUCCUUCAAAAGACCACUACAGUCAAUCAGCAAAUCAGCAAUCAAAUGACACAAAGAACCACUUUGCUCUCAACUCCAUUUGCUUCCCUGACUCUAUGCUAUUGACAGAUGACAGAAACAUUCUGUCAAAUGUUGAUGACAUCCUGGCUGCCACGGUGGCUGCCUGUGGUGUCACACCACAAGACUUUGUCAAAGCUACGACCUCUGCUGAGGCUGAAAUGGCAGUGAUGGCAAGCCCUGUGGAGUCCAAGGGUCACUUUCAGACUGUGGACAUGAGGCAUAUGUCUCCUAGUUUCUCCUCAGCACAACAGCCGAUAAUCACCAACACUAACUCCCACACUAUGACUGUGACACUAAAUGGAGCUCAGAUGACAACUGACUGUCAGGGACAGUCAGUUCACCCCAACAGUAGUUCUGAACUUGACACAAAUGGAGAUGGAGGAAACUCUGAAAAUGACUACCACCUAGCUGGCCAGGUAUAUGAUCCCUCAGGUCUUCAGAACAGAGCCAAGGAUAACGCAAAGAGUAUUAAAUCAGAGGAUGGCGUUUUGGAAGGUUCAGGCUCUGAAGGCUUUCCCAAAAAGAAGGUGCGUACCAAGUACUUAACCAAGGCAAUCAGUCCGGAGGAGGAGACUGGACAAGCCAAACCGGCCAAACGCAGUGGGCAGGCCAAACGGCAGAAUUCCCGAGGUAGUGACAUGAGUUCCCCUUCCACUUCACAUAAUCUGUAUGAUGGUUAUCCACAGCAGGAGAGAAUCAGGCAGAAGAUCCGCGAAGUGGAAGAGAAACAGCCAGAGGUCAAAACUGGUUUCAUCGGUUCCUUCCUUGACUUUCUGAAAUCUGGACCUAAACAGCACUACUCCCCUAGUCCUGCACGGACUAUUAGUCGUCCCAGAAAGCCCUCCACGUCAUCUAAACAGCCACCAUGCCCGUUGCCUGCUUUGCCUACAAAGCUGCAGUCUCUGACAGGGCCUUUGAUUCCCCAGGAGGGGCAUGGAGGGAGCUCUCACCAGAAACGUCUGGAUGAGGAUCUCCAGAAGAACUUGGAGACACUGCCAUCAUUCAGCUCAGAUGAGGAGGAGAAUACUGGAAAGAACCAGGCCUUGCGAAACAGCAUCAGCUCAGCUCUUUCAUCACUUGAUGAGUCCUCAGAUAAAAGGACCAGGACAGACAACAGAAUCACUUGCACUGUGAUGAAGCCUGACCAAGCUCCCAGCAUGCCGCAGUCUGUUGUAGAGACCCAUUUGCAGCAGGCAGCCACUCCUACACAGACAGCAAACACAUUGUCAGGAGGGGCUGUCGGUGCCGUUCAGGAGGCAUCAAAGGAGAUCCCACCUGGCCAGUUGGCUGCUCAGUUGUCCAGUGUGGCCAUCGAGGGACUGACUGAUGAGGAGCUAUCAGACAGCGGAGGGGAGGGAAUGUACCGGGAGAGAGACGAGUUUGUCGUCAGGAAUGAAGAUAUCGAGAGUCUUAAGGUGACAAUGAGUGCGGGGACAGAGCCUCCAGCCAUCUGGAAAGUCCAGAAGGCUCUGCUGCAGAAGUUUGUGCCUGAGCUGAGAGAUGGGAAGAGAGUGUUCUCAGCCACUAACAGUUAUCUUGGAUACUUCGGUGACGCUAAGACGAUGUACCAGAGAGUGUACGUGAAAUUUCUGGACACAGUAAACAAAAGGGAGUAUGUACGAGUUUGCAGCCGGAAACCACGUUGCAAGCCUAUGAACUCCCUAAGGGGUUCUCAGGUGAAAACAUUGCUGGGUUUGACAGCCACCCCUUCCUCGGUGUCCCAGAGCCAGAAACUUCGACCCAAACAGCCUAAGCCCAGGGCCGAGCCCCCACCCAAGAAGAGGAAGAAAUGGAAAGAGGAAUUCUCACCUACACCCUCAGGCUCAUCUGCUGAGGAGGGUGGUGAAGAUGAUGAAUUAACCCCUCCAGUGCCGUUUGCCUCGCGGUUCCUCAACACUCGAACUAUGAAGGAGACCUUUAAAAGCUUUGUGGAACUGCUCAUCAGUGUUGCCUUAGAUGAAGAUGUGAUGACAGCUCUUGAGAGGGAAAACGAUGAGCUGCUGCUGCCCCAUAUGAAGCGGGUGGAUGGGAUGAUCACCGACAACAGGAAACGCUUGCUUCACAAGCUACACAUGGGACAGCUCCUAAAGACUGCGCUGGACAGCUUCCCAGAGAUCUCUGUAGUGACCGAGUUGAAGAAGGAUGGGGAAACCCCGGCCUUCAAGGUGCGCCUCAGUGGAAAGGCCUACAACAAGAAAACCAUGAAGCCCUAUAAGAUGCCCAACAAAGUGCCACUGGAAUAUACAGUGGACCAGCAGAAAACUCAGUGGUUCUCGCUAUACCACUCGUUGCAACAUUACAAGUACCACACGUACCUCAUGUGCAAGGACGAGAUUGCGUCUCUCCGGGUGCAGGCGGGGGAGCUGGGACAGGAGGAGACUGUACAGAAGUGUUUGCAGAACGGAGCCUGGGUCGAGGGGCUCUUUGACCGCUUUGGGGAGCUACUCAAUCAAGUGCAGCAGGCCUGCCGAUAGCCCAGCCUGAACUGGCUUGGUAGAAAAAAAAACCCUUCUCACCAAGACUUAAAAUAAGAGUAUGGUCUGCCUCCAGCCCAAAAUGGCAGCAAAGAACGAUGGAGUGUGGCUCUGUUUAAAGCCACUGAGAGGUUUGAAUCAGGGACCUGUCAGCUGACAUGCCCGAGAGACUCUUGGGGUCCUGUGGCCCGUACAGUAACACACAGAGAAACGCGGCAAAGCAGUUGGAGUUUUUGGUCUUCACCGCAUCCCGCCCAUCAUAAAGCAAGAACUGGAUCAACAGAGGACAAGGAAUUUGUCUUUUUGGGUCAGCAUUUUGGAAGACCACCUCACAAUGCUUCCUCUGAUCUUUGUAGUUUUUUUGUAGUUACAAGCCAACUUUUAGUGGGCCUUUUAAUAGAUUUCUAUUUUAUUUUUAAUCAGUCUUUUUUUUUUUUUUUUUAUUAAAUGAUGACAAAUCGUAACCAACAAGCAUGCACUAGAUAGACAGAGCGAUUGGUAUAGGAAGUAGAAGACAGCAAAUCAGAAUGCAGACCUUUGAUUACCCACAAUAAGCCUUUGUCAGCCAUUUGAUAAGUAGGCCUAAAUACAGAGAAAAUCUAUAUAUAUUAUCAUAGAUAUAUACUGUAUGUAAAACAUCCAUUUUUUUUAAUGGAGCGCCAAACUUAUAAAUAUAUUGUACAUUUUGUAUAAAGGAAGGGGCAGUGGGAGUUUUUUGCAGCAAUUCUUUUGAGGAAGAAUUUGAUAAACCAUAAAAUAUAUAUAGAUAUAUAUAUAUAUAAAUAUAUAUACUUACUUUUGUGCUUCCUACCUUUUGUCCUUUGCUUAUACCAUGAGUUUUGAUCCUGAUGGAGUCAGUGCAAUUCCAGUACUGCUUUGUGAUAAAUUUUGGUAAUCAAAUGUUACCUUGUUUUAUCAGAGGGUAAAAGGAAAAAAAAAAAAAGAAAGUUGUCUUUAUACGCUUUCUUUACAGACAUAGCCCACAUUUUAUCACAAAUAGAUAUAUUUUUCACAGAAGUAAAUAUUGUUAUAUUGGUUGCUUGUUCAUUACAAUUUGUAAUACACUUUUUCAUUGUUUUUUCAGAGAUUUCCAAAAUGGACUCUUUAUAAGUCAAUUACCAAUUUUAUGCUAUAUCUAAAAUCUUAUUCUGUUAAGAUGCAGUUUGUAAGUUGUUGGUGAAACUUCCACUUGUAUGUGAUGUAUGUCUCAAACAUCAGAUUUUGAAAGUGCCAUAGUGGCACAAAAGUGUUAACAGCUGGUUUUUAAUCUGAUUCCAUAAUAUGUAGAGUCGUUUCAGUGCCUGAAAUCUUACAAACUACGUCUUUACCACAAAAUACAUGAAAUUGCAUUUGAAUAGUAAUUGCUUUUCAAGUGUAGUCACACUGCAGUUAUUUUCUGACAUGAAAAUAAAUUUUGUUCUUAACAUUGACACUGAUUUCCAAAGUCAUAGGAAGACGGUACAUCAAAUAAAACUGUUAGAUUAGA